CGCGGAGCCCGUGUCAUGCUGCGUCGCCAUCCUUAACGGAUCUCUGCAUGGUCCCUCCCAUCCAUCGUCUUCACUUCACAACCCUCUCACCCACAAAACAUUCUUUUCCCUCCCUUUUCUCUCUCUCACAUUUUCCUCCUUUUCUUCUCUUCUCCCUACUUUCAAAUUUUAACAUUCCACGUUAAAUUUGAAUCCACACUUUUUUUCCUCCAUUACCCCAUAACUUUCUUCUUUUUACACUAAAUCAAAUUAUUAACAUUCCCUACCUUUAUUUUGAAACUUCAUUUUCUACUCUUUUCAAUUCCACUCACUUCUCACCUUUUCGCUUUUCAUACCUUCAUUUCAUUCUUCAAUCAAUGUUACCUCGCCGCUCAGGACAAUGACGCUGCUCGCCGACGUCUCCUCCGACUACUCCUUCGCCGUGCCGUACACCGGACCGCCGCCGCCGUACGAUAUCCCCCAGGCGCUGCCCAUCGCCGUCGACAUGUUCCCGGCGGUGGCGGCGGUCGCGCAGGUUCCGUUCUCCGACGCUCUGUCUCUGCCGGUGGUGCAGCCGCUCUCGCCGCCGGAGCUUCAAUUCUCGAAGGAGCUCAAGCCGAACUCCGAGCCCGCGGUUUCUCCGACCUCCGUGAUCGCCUUCGACCGGAGCGCCGCCAGAACGACGGUGUCUCCGACCUCCGUGAUCGCCUUCGCGGACGCCGCCGCGGAAACCACCGACGCGUGCGAGUUGAGCAGCGAGAACUCGUUUUCGGACAAUUUAGGGAAAGUGAGAAACUCGAACGGAGAGAAAGAGAGUUCGGAUUUCAACGAUUCGAGCCAGCGCGAUUACGCUUCCACGUUGAGUUCCGAUUAUCCAUCGUCUUGUAUUUCUCCUCUGAAAACGAACGAAGCCGAAUGCGACGUGGAACGAGGACCUGCGGAGAGUUUUUGCGGCGAGGCGGAAGAGAGGGUUAAGAGAGAGAGUGCGAGGAAGGGGAAGAAAGGGUCGUGCUAUCGUUGCUUGAAGGGGAAUAGGUUAACGGAGAAGGAAGUGUGUCUCGUGUGUGACGCUAAGUAUUGCGGGAAUUGUGUGUUGAGAGCGAUGGGUUCGAUGCCGGAAGGUAGAAAAUGCGUUGGUUGCAUUGGGUUUCCGAUUGAUGAGUCUAAGAGGGGUAGUUUGGGGAAAUGCUCUCGGAUUUUGAGGAGACUGCUUAAUCAUUUGGAGGUUAAACAAGUAAUGAAGGCGGAGAGGUUUUGUGAAGUGAACCAGCUUCCGCCUGAGUAUGUUUGUGUGAAUGGGAACCCUCUUUCUUUUGAGGAACUUGUUACGUUGCAGAGUUGUUCUAAUCCUCCGAAGAAUUUGAAGCCGGGGAACUAUUGGUAUGAUAAGGUGUCUGGGUUUUGGGGGAAGGAAGGACAGAAGCCUUGUAGAAUUAUUAGUCCGCAUCUGAAUGUUGGGGGUCACAUCAAACCGGAUGCUAGCAAUGGAAACACGCAGGUUUUCAUUAAUGGCAGGGAAAUAACAAAAGUUGAACUUCGGAUGCUGCAGUUGGCAGGAGUUCAGUGUGCUGGUAACCCACAUUUCUGGGUCAAUGAAGAUGGUUCAUACCAAGAAGAAGGACAGAAAAAUACAAAAGGCUGUAUUUGGGGAAAGGCUGGAACGAAGCUUGUAUGUGCUUUGCUGUCCCUGCCAGUUCCUUCCAGUUCUAAUUCUAAAUGUUCAAAUUCGUGUGGGUUUCUAUCCUCCAAUCCGGUUACCAGACCGAUUCCUGACCAUUUCGAGCAUGGAAUAGUUCAUAAACUCCUCUUACUCGGUUACACUGGCUCUGGAACAAGCACUAUUUUUAAGCAGGCCAAGAUUCUUUACAAAAACACCCCCUUCUCUGAAGAUGAACGUCAAAAUAUUAAGUUGACCAUUCAGACCAAUGUCUAUGCCUAUCUUGGCAUACUCCUUGAGGGUCGCGAGCGUUUUGAAGAAGAAAGUCUGGGGAGUUUGAAGAAAAGUCAAUCUUCCAUGCUUGACAGUACAGAAACCAGUCUAAAAUUCGGCGACAAGACAAUUUAUUCCAUUGGCACAAGACUGAAAGCAUUUUCUGAUUGGCUUCUGAAAACUAUGGUUUCGGGCAAGCUUGAUGCUAUCUUUCCAGCUGCUACUCGUGAAUACGCUCCAUUGAUUGAGGAGUUAUGGGAUGAUGCAGCCAUUAAAGCCACCUAUGAAAGAAGAAAUGAAAUAGAAUUGCUACCCAGUGUUGCCAGUUAUUUCUUAGAGCGGGCUGUUGAGAUAUUGAGGACUGAUUAUGAACCCUCGGAUUUAGAUAUCCUCUAUGCUGAAGGAGUUACUUCAUCAAAUGGGAUGGCUUGCGUAGAGUUUUCAUUUCCUCAAUCACCUCCGGAGGAAACCGUCGACACUGCUGAUCUACAUGAUUCUUUAAUUAGGUAUCAACUAAUUACAAUACAUGCAAGAGGGCUAGCAGAAAAUUGCAAGUGGUUAGAAAUGUUUGAGGAUGUUGGAUUGGUCAUUUUCUGUGUUUCCUUGAGCGACUAUGAUCAGUUUUCUGUUGAUGGAAAUGGCUGUCGCACAAACAAGAUGACAUUGAGCAGGAAGCAUUUCGAAGCCAUUGUUACUCAUCCUACUUUUGAGCAAAUGGACUUUCUAUUGAUAUUAAACAAAUUAGAUGAGUUUGAGGAGAAAAUAGAACGAAUUCCACUAACUAACUGCGACUGGUUAUCUGAUUUUCGUCCAGUAGUUAGUCGACACCGCUCUGGCAUCAAUAUGAACAGCAUUAAUACUAGCCCUUCCCUUGCUCAGCUAGCUUCCUAUUACAUAGCGGUUAAGUUCAAGAGACUUUAUUCAUCUCUUACAGGGCGAAACUUGUAUGUGUCCCUGGUAAAGGGGUUGGAGCCUGAUAGUGUUGAUGCAGCACUUAAAUAUGCAAAGGAGAUUUUGAAGUGGAACGAAGAGAGACCAAACUUCAGCUUAAGUGAUAACUCGAUGUAUAGCAUUGAGGCGAGUUCAUUCUCUCAUUGACUGUUAGUUCAGAAAAGAGUGUUAGUUAAGUCAUGUCAUCUAUGACUUGGAUUCUUCUGUUCAUGUACAUAUGUUGCUAACUAGGAGUUGUACACGGAUGCACAUAUCGAGUUGUGAUAAGCAUUGCAGCUGUUUCAUGCUGUUGGGGUAUGUUGUGUGUUAGCACGUGCCACCACGGAUCAAGGUGUAAUGUUCAAAUUCAUUUUUUAAUACGGAAAGUAGUCGACCUCUAUUUAUUAUAUUAAA